UCAUCAGUUUCCUUGCUUCUGCUCUUCCACUGCCACGUCGCUCAUCGAUUUACACACACAGACACACAGACACACACACACACACACGUGCGCGCGUUCACCAACAGAUCGCGGAUAAGAAUUAUCACACACGCCUGAGACAGCAACAACAAGAACAACGGCAACCAUGGAGGUGUUGCGAGAGGCCAUGGCAUGGUACGAAAACGCCUCAGCCGAGUUCCGGCUGGACAAGCAAGGGAUCGUUUUCUUGGACAAGUACUUUUGGGUCAUGGCUGGCGUGGCUGCCGCGUACUUGCCAGUGGUGUUCUCCUUGCAAGCGUUUCUGAAGAACCGGGAGCCGCUCAACCUGCGCGCGCUGCUCGUGCUGUGGAACCUGAUCCUCGUCGUCUUCAACCUCUACGUGCUGGUGUACAUGGGCCCUGCUGUCAUCAAGUGGCUGCGCAGCGGCGACUUCCUGGAACGCAUGUGCUACAUCCCCGAGGACGCCGCACAGGGGCCCGUCGCCAUGGCCCUCUUCGCCUUUGCGCUGAGCAAGGUGCCCGAGAUGAUUGACACGCUGUUCAUCGUGCUGCACAAGAAGCCGCUCAUCGUGCUGCACUGGUACCACCACCUGACGGUGAUGCUGUACUGCUGGAACAUCACGUACGCGCCGUCCGUGGGCACCGGCGGCGAAGGCGUGCUCUUCUCCGCCAUGAACGCCCUCGUGCACGUGAUCAUGUACACCUCGUACGGGCUCAAGGCCAUGCGCUUCCGCCCGCCGGGCGACAUGCUCAUCACCGUCAUCCAGCUCACGCAGAUGGUGAUUGGCGCGUACAUUGCCGUGUAUCGCAUUACCAGCUGCCGCGUCAUGCGCCCGUGGAACGCGGCUGGCGGCGUCAUCAUGUACCUCUCGUACUUCUAUCUCUUUGCUGACUUCUUUUACGCCAAGUACAUGCGGAAGAGGCCAAAGAAGCCAGCUGCUGCUGCUGCUGCUGCUGCUGCUCCUGCUGUGAAGACCAAUGGCGAGGCAAAGAAGACCAAGUAGACCAACAACCAGGAUCGGUGUCACGGUGGUGGUGAUGGUGGUGGUGGUGGUGGUGGUGGUGG